UAAAAACAAGAGGAAGAGAUCGCUCCACCCACAAAAAGCAACAAAGAGUAAAGAUUAAAACUAGACUAAAAUAGCAGAGUGAAGGAAGAAGCAACUCGGGAAGCCUCCCCACCGGAGUACCAAACUCACAGAACCAGACCCCUUUUGAUAUAUAAAGAAGAAAAACCUUUAAGCUCUGGGUUUGAUUGCAUAUCUUCGACCAACUCAACUGGGUUUCUCUCUUUCAGUCGCCAUGGAUUUGAGAAUCUAUGGCAUUCCUAAGAUCUUCCUAGCGUUUUAUCUCCUAUCUGUAUCUGGGUUUUGUGCUGCAUUGCAGGAAACUUCAGUGGGUACCAAGCCAUCAUCUUCUUCCUCGAAUACAGUCCAAAUUAACUCCAAUUCCGUCCUAGUAGCCCUUCUUGACUCACAUUACACAGAACUCGCAGAGCUUGUGGAAAAAGCUCUUCUUUUGCAGACAUUAGAGGAGGCAGUUGGGAAGCACAACCUCACCAUUUUUGCUCCCAAGAACGAAGCUCUGGAACGAGAUCUCGACCCUGAGUUCAAGAGAUUUCUUCUUGCUCCUGGUAAUCUCAAAUCUCUUCAAACUCUGUUAAUGUUUCACGUCAUCCCCAAACGAAUCGGAUCCAACCAGUGGCCCAAGACAGCUUCAAGGUCAACCAAGCACAAGACUUUGGCACACGAUCAUGUUCACCUCACCUGUAAGGAUUCCGACAAGAAAGUCGAUACCGCGGCGGUCAUCCAUCCAGACGCGGUGAUUCGUCCAGAUGGUGUCAUUCACGGGAUCGAACGGCUUUUAAUCCCCCGAUCCGUCCAAGAAGACUUCAACCGCCGCAGAAAUCUUCGUCAAAUCACAGCAGUGAAGCCCGAAGGAGCACCAGAGGUCGACCCCAGAACCCACCGGCUGAAGAAACCAGCACCACCGGUACCUGCAGGUUCCCCACCUGUGCUGCCCAUCUACGACGCACUGGCUCCGGGUCCGUCACUAGCUCCGGCGCCGGCACCUGGUCCCGGUGGUCCUCACCACAAAUUCGACGGCGAAGCCCAAGUGAAGGACUUCAUCCACACCCUUCUGCAUUACGGUGGAUACAAUGAACUCGCCGAUAUUCUUGUCAAUCUGACAUCUUUAGCUUCGGAAAUGGGGAAAUUAGUGUCUGAGGGUUACGUUCUAACUGUUCUAGCUCCAAACGAUGAAGCUAUGUCAAAGCUGACGACGGACCAGUUGAGUGAACCAGGUGCGCCGGAGCAGAUCGUAUAUUACCAUCUCAUCCCGGAGUAUCAAACGGAGGAGAGUAUGUAUAAUGCGGUGAGGAGGUUCGGUAAGAUCAGAUUCGAUACAUUACGAGUACCCCACAAGGUUGCGGCAGAAGAAGCCGAUGGGUCUGUGAAAUUUGGGCAGGGAGAUGAAUCUGCUUAUCUAUUUGAUCCCGAUAUCUACACAGAUGGUCGAAUUUCAGUUCAGGGUAUAGAUGGUGUUCUGUUCCCCACUGAGGAGAAGACGAAAUCCGAAACAAAAUUGGUUUCACACAGUACUCUUACCACCACUAAAUCUACUGUCAAGCCCAGAAGAGGAAAACUGCUGGAAGUAACAUGUAGGAUGUUAUGGGCAUUUGGUCAGGAUGGUCGCUUCACCACAUGCCAAUGAAUUCUCUCUCAAAAUCUAUAAAAAUACAUUGAGAAUUAGAGAAAAAAAGAAAAGGUGCCUUAUGUUUAACAGGUGUAGAAAAAGAUGUAAAGAGAGUGGGAAGAAAGACUAUUGGAAGGAUGGAUGGUUUCUUUUUUUUUUUUUUUUUUUUUGGGGGUUUUCAUAUUUUAUGUUCCUUUUUGCUUUUGCACCCCAAGAGACAGCUGUGGAUAUUCAGAAGAUGUUCCCAUCAUAAGGGGAAGAAAGGCCAAGUGGAGGGGGGAAGGAGCAAGGGAGUCACUGUCCAUUAAUAAUACCCUUUUUAAAGUAUAUAUAAAGAGGUAUUCUUUUUUUUUUUUUCUUUUGGGGAGUAGUAGCCCAUGGUAUUAUUACCUUUUGCUGUGGAGGGAAGGAAGGAGGGAUGGUGGUUGUUGGGUCUUGGAGUUGGAUUUUUCUAUGUUAUGCAUGAUGAGGACAAGGAAGGGAUCCGAGGAUAGUCUUUUCACGUGGGUGUCUUUAUGUGGGCUCCCUUUCCAAUAAAAUAAAAGUAAAAAACAAAAAAUAGAGGAAAGAGAACAGAAAUUUGUGGAUUAAUAUAUAUUAUCAAUAAAAAAGAAUUCUUUUUUGUGUUCA